AUGGAUUCAACCAAGAUCGUCAACAUUUUCCUAGCUAUCUUUUUGCCACCAGUCGCUGUCUUCUCCGCUAGAGGUUUCGGUACUGAAUGUAUACUGAGUAUCAUCCUGACCAUCUGUGCGUGGUUCCCAGGUAUGCUUUACGCCUUGUACGUUGUGUUGACCGACUAA